GCAGAAAGAAAUGUCAAAUUCAUCUGGUUUUGUUAUCAUUUCCUGCAGCGAGAAAUUUGUCUGAUUACUAGUGAAAAUCGUGUAAAUUCGUCAAAGAUGAGUUCUAAGAGCAGCGUCUUGUCCCUCUACAAGACAUUGCUGAGGGAAUCUCAGAGGUUCUCCUCUUACAAUUACAGGGAAUACGCCAGGAGGAGGAUAAGAGAUGCCUUCAGGGACAAUAAGACGCUCUCAGACGCCGAAUCGAUAAAGAAUCAAUUGAAGUUUGCCAAUGAAAAUCUCCAAGUGAUCCGGCGUCAGGCGUUAAUUGGUGAUCUCUACAAGUCCGACAAGCUGGUGAUUGAGAAGUAGAUUGGAAAGCCACAUAGAAGACGAUACAAAGUGUGAUGGAGUAUUCUGGCGAAGAGACUCAAAUCUAGCAUUGUUGAAUCCGUUGAUUUGUAAACUUUAUGAAGAAAUCCCCAGUUCAUUACAGCAUUUAUUUAGGUAAAA